AUGGCAGAAAGCGCUUUAAACGUUACAGACACCUUAAGAAAUAAAACAGCUGAGAUUUUGAGUAGACCAAACAACCGCGAAUCAGAAAUAGAUUUCAGAACAACUUGCUCAGCAAUUCAGAACAAUUCUUAUGAUCCACUAGUAAUGCAAGCUUACCAAGAUUAUCUUAAUGCUUAUCAACAAAAAACAUCUCUUUAUAAUAUUGUAAGAGAUAAUGAAGAGGAUAGAACUUAUUUAUAUAUUUAUAAAACUGAAACUGAAGAAGUCAAAAAAAUUCAGACAACAUUAAUAACUUCAAUUACCUUCUUAACUGAACUUCCAAAUGGCAAGCUAUUUUGUUUUGGUAAUGAUGGAUCUUCUGGAACUGUAAUGCUAAUUGGUGAGAAUGGCGGAGUCGAAGUGCUGCUAUCUGGAACUCCUUCAUAUGAUUCACCAUGCAUCUAUUUCAAAAACAGCGUCUAUUGCUUUGGAGGAUCUAAUCAAAUGAUUUCAUCUCUAUCUAUGAGAUUCGAUUUGGAUCAAAAUCGCUGAAUUAAAUUAACCCCAAUGCCAGAAGCUGAUUCCAAGUGCAACAUGAUAAUAUUUAAUGGAAAUAUUUUGAUUUCUGGACGGUAUAAUAAAUAUCUUCUAUUAUACUCAAUUGAUAUUGACUCUUUUUCGACAAUUCCUUAUUGAUUUGAAGGGGAUAAAAAAAAGAUUCUGGUAGGUGCAGAGAGAGUAUAUUUGAUUGAAUGCAGUGGAUGAAUAUAUGAAAGUGAAAUUGGAAGUGCCAUGAAUUGGGGACGAAUAGGAAAAUCAAAAAUCAAUAGAGAAUCUUCUCAAGUGUAUUGUGCAUACAAUAAAGGAGGAAUAUACAUUUCAACUGUUUUUAAAUUACUCCCCCCGCUCCGUGAGUGAACAAAAAAUUAUGUUCAUUCAUGGAGGGGGGUUAAUUUUUUUUUAGAAAUUUAAAAAAAUCUCACUUCUAUAAAAUUGGAAAGCAAAUAUUAAUUAAUUUUAUAAAAUUUAUGUUUUAAAACGCAAUUUGUUUAAAAUUAAACAGAAUUAGCUCGAGAUUUCAUUAUACUAAUUAUCACUUUAUUUCAAAAUUUUUACCAUAAAAAAUUUUUCUAUUAAAAAAUUUUUGUUCACUCACGGAGGGUGGGUUUUUGGGCAAAAAAUAGGGAUUUUUCUAAUGGUUUUGUUCACUCACAGAGGGGGGGGAUUUAGUUAGAGAAUAUUAUUAUUUUGAUUUAGAUCAAAAAACCAUUAUUGAUUUAGCUUAUGAAAGUAGGAAUUACGGACUUAGAAGAGUCGGUAAAAAGAUUGAAGCAAUAAAAUGAAAUAACCAGAAUUUUAAGCCUGAUCCUUAUUAUAGCUCACACAUCUUAAUAGAUUUCUAUACCCCAGCAGAAUACUGACCAGAAAAAAUAUGGUAAGGGCACCUGCUUUUUACAGGAUAAGUCUGAUUAGGCACCUUAAAACCAUAAACGGAGAUUUGUCAUUUUCGUUUUUUAGUUUUCAAAAAAGCUGAUAAGUACAAAUUAACUUUGGAAAUUAAAAAGGAUGGUCAAUAAUGAUCUAAAAUAUUUCAGGGGCUAUAUCUGGAUGAAUGAAGUGUAAAAGGCAUGAGUCUACACGAUUUAGGAAAACGCCUAGAAGAAAUCAUAUACUAUGACGGAUUAAUCAAAAACAAUCCAGAUUGCUCUCGGUAUUACUAUAAUAAAGGCAUCACUUUUUAUUGUUUAGAAAGAUAUCUAGAAGCAAUCGAAUGCUAUGACGAAGCAAUUAAACUAGAUCCAAAUAAUUCAAAUAAUUACUAUUUUAAAGGCAACGCUUUUUAUAGCUUAAAAAGAUAUCUAGAAGCAAUCGAAUGCUAUGACUGAGUAAUCAAACUAGAUCCAAAAGAUGGUUAUAAUUAUCAUAAUAAAGGCAAAGCUUUUUAUGGCUUAGAAAGAUAUCUAGAAGCAAUCGAAUGCUAUGAAAAAGCAAUCGACCUCAAUUCAUACAAUGCCCAAGCUUAUAAUGAUAAAGGCAAUACUCUUUAUGUUUUAGAGAGAUUCCAAGAAGCAAUACAAUGCUAUGAUGAGGCAAUCAAACUUCAACCCAAGAAUACUUUGCAUUUCUGCAGCCGAGCUAGAGUAUUUAAUAAUCUCAGACAAGAAGAAGCAGCUUUGCAGGACUUUAAUACGGCUUAUAAUUUUUGGCAAGAAUAUUGGUUAUUUGGAUGCAAAGCUGUUUUAAAUUUUCAAUUAAAAGUUAGAGAGUCUAAAUAG